CACAACACAAAACCCCUUUUUCUAAUUUCUAAAUUUCGCUGAAAAAAAAAACACCUCUUGUUUAUUUGUUGUUCCAUAAUAACGAAAUUUCACCCACCCCUCCAAAUCAUAAUCAAGUCCAAUUCUAUAUUUUAUAUUAUUAUUAUUAUUAUUUUAUUUUAUUUAGUAUUUAAUUGUUUCACAAGAGAGUGAGAGUGAGAGUCUCAUAAUUUUAUGACCGCCGGCGACGAUGCCAACGCCAGUGGGAGUAGCCAGGCAAUGUUUGACGGCGGAGGCAGCACGAGCACUUGACGAGGCGGUCUCCGUCGCCCGCCGCCGUGGCCACGCGCAGACGACGUCACUUCACGCGGUGUCAGCUCUCCUGUCGUUGCCGUCUUCCUCCGUGCUACGCGACGCGUGUUCACGCGCACGAAACUCCGCGUAUUCCCCACGGCUUCAGUUCAAGGCACUUGACCUAUGUCUCUCGGUGUCACUUGACCGUGCACCUUCUUCCCAUAACAACCUCUCCUCCGACCACGAACCACCCGUUUCUAACUCCCUCAUGGCCGCUAUCAAACGGUCACAAGCUAACCAACGCCGUCACCCUGAUAACUUCCAUCUCUAUCAUAACCACCCCCAACAACUCCAACAACUCCAACAACCACAACAACCACAACAACAACAACAACAACCGUUUUCAGUUUCAUCCGUUAAGGUCGAGCUACAGCAUUUAAUUUUAUCAAUCCUUGAUGACCCGGUUGUUAGUCGGGUCUUCGCAGAAGCGGGUUUUCGGAGCUCCGAAAUUAAACUCGCCAUCCUCCGUCCCCUCCCUCAUCUUUUCCGUUCCCGCGGACCUCCUAUUUUCCUCUGCAACUUGCCGGACCAGCCUCGCCGGAGCUUCAGCUUCCCGUUCUUCUCCGGCUUCGGCGAGAAGGAAGUGAAAGAGGAAGAUGAAGAAGAAGUGGACGUUAACAACUUCAGGAGAAUCGGUGAGGUACUUGUUCGGAGCAGAGGGAGGAAUCCCCUGCUUCUCGGUGCAUGCGCGAACGAUGCUCUACGUAGGUUCACGGAAGCCGUGGAGAAAAUGAAGGGUGGAGUUUUGCCUCUGGAGUUGUGUGGUUUGCGCGUGGUUUGCAUUGGGAAAGAGAUGGAGAAUUUGGACGGUGAUGUUUUGGGUUCGAGGUUGAAGGAGGUUGCUCUCAUGGCGGAGAAGAGUGUGGGACCAGGUUUGGUGGUGAGUUUUGGGGACUUGAAAGGUUUUUUGAACGAUGGGUGUGUUAAUAAAGUGAGACUUGUUGUUGGGGAAUUGGCCAAGUUGUUGCAACUUCAUUAUGACAAGUUUUGGUUGCUUGGUGCUGCGGCUAGUUAUGAGAGCUACUUGAAAUUCGUGGGUAGGUUUCCUUCUAUAGAAAAAGAUUGGGAUUUGCAGCUUCUUCCCAUAACCUCUGUUAGGGCUUCUUCCUUGCAUGCUGAAUCAUAUCAGAGACCUAGGUCAAGCUUAAUGGAUUCAUUUGUUCCAUUUGGUGGCUUUUUUCCGUCACAGUCUGAUUUGAAAGGUCCCCUAAAUGGCUCACUUUAUUGUGUUCCCCACUGUCAUCAAUAUGGUGAAAGGUGUGAACACGAAGUCCUUGCUGCUUCAAAGGAAAGAUUUACUGCUUCAGCUGCUGAACCAUACCAACCUAACUUACCUCCAUGGUUGCAGAUUGCAGAGUUUGGCACAACAAAGGGAUUGAAUGUUAAGACCAAAGAUGAUGGUGUUUUGCUGGAUAGUAGUGAAUCUGGGCCACCGCAUAAGAACUCGGAGAAGACAUGCCAGCAUCUGCACCAGCGAUCCCCUGAUGCAAAUACUUGUCCAACUGUUGUGGGGUUUCAUUGUACUGACAACAAAAAGGAAGAUGCUGACAACCGCAGCAGCAAAAUUAGAGAAAAAUCGCCCAGUGAAUGCAUCGAUCUCAACUCCCAUGUACCUGUUGAUGUGCAAAUGAUGUCCACAUCACAAUCAAGCAGUCCUUUUCCUGCGGUUUUCAAGGAAAAGCAGGAGAAAUAUACUUCAAAACUAACUGACAUGUUCCAGAAAGUGGAUGAUCUUGAGUCAGGUGAUGGGAGAUCAUGCAACUUGUCCAAUUCAAGUGUGUGUGAUGGUAGUCAAAUGUCUCCCACAUCUGUGACUUCUGUAACCACAGAUCUAGGCUUAGGAAUAUGCUCUUCUCCCACCAGCAACAAAUCUAACAAACCUCCUGUUCAAUAUACAAUGGAACCUCCAAAGGAAAUCCCGAGUCGAUUUUCUUCAAACUUUAAUUCGGCUGAUGGGAAUAUCUUGAAGCAUCCAUCCCAGUCUUCAUCCUGCCUAAGUUUUGACCACUGUGGACAAGUUGAUGCAAGAAAUCCCAGAAUUCUUUUUGAAGCUCUUUCUAAGGAGGUAAGCUGGCAAGAUGAAGCCUUACGUGUUAUCGUCAAAACAGUAGUUUACAGCCCAACAAAAAGGGUUAAACACCACAGAGCAAAUCAGCGUGGGGACAUAUGGAUGAAUUUUGUUGGACCUGAUAGGCAUGGUAAAAAGAAAAUUGCUGUUUCUCUAGCUGAGUUAUUUUUUGGAAGCCGGGAAAGUUUUAUCUUUGUGGAUCUAAGUUCUGAAGAAAUGAAAGGAUGCAAUGUGAAAUUCAGAGGGAAGACUACCCUUGAUUUUAUUGUAGGGGAGUGUUGCAAGAAACCCUUGUCGGUGGUUUUCCUUGAAAAUGUAGACAAGGCGGAUGUGGUAGCUCAAAGUAGUUUGUCACAAGCCAUCAAGACAGGAAAAAUUACAGACUCACAUGGACGAGAAGUUAGUGUAAACAGCACAAUAUUUGUGACUUCCUUCUCAGGUUACCAAAAUAGUUCGAUGCCAACAAGAGGGGAACCUUCCAACUAUUCUGAGGAAAGAAUACUAAGGGCAAAGGGGGGAGCUAUCAAGAUAAAAGUUGAACAUGUGAUUGGAGACAUCAGAAGCCAAACCAUCAGCGUAGUUAACAGUUCAAUAGGUGCUAUUCCUAAUCUGAUUUUCAUGAACAAACGAAAGCUGAUUGGUGAACAUGAAUUUCAUGAUCCGCAUUUACUCUCAGAUACGGCUAAAAGGGCACAUACAACAUCAAGUUGGCUUUUAGAUUUGAAUCUUCCAGCUGAAGAGAAUGAACCGAAACAAACAGAUGAUGGAAACUCUGAACAUGUCUCAACUGAGAACCAAAACCUUUGGUUGCAAGAUUUGUAUAAUCUGGUUGAUGAAACAGUUGUUUUUAAACCUUAUGAUUUUGAUGCACUUGCGGAUAGAGUACUGAAAGUGAUCAGAAGUAACUUCAAACAAAUUCUUGGAUCCGAGUGUUCUUUACAGAUUCAGUCAGAAGUCAUGGACCAAUUACUUGCAGCUGCAUAUGUCUCAGACAGGGAUAUGGUGGUGGAGAACUGGGUGGAGCAAGUUCUCUGUGGAGGAUUUACAGAAGUAAGGAGAAGGUACAACCUCACUGCCAGUUCUAUUGUGAAACUUGAGACAUGUCCACAGCAAGCUUCAUAUGUACACCUUCCCCCAAGGAUAAUUUUAGACUGAGUUCCAACUAGCUAGUGUUGUCUUUACUAUUUGGAUGUAUAAUUUAGCUGUAGCAUAUAGUGAAACUUAAAUCCUAUUAUUUUGUUGGGUUUUUGUCUAGGUUUUAUUUGUGUAUAAUAUGUAUCUGCUGUUAGUGCUUUGUGUGAUUAUCAUUGCAUUUUUAAA